GCUUAGUAUACAUUAAGGAUUUCAACAGUUUUCUCCCACACAGAAACAUAAAGUGAAAAAUAAUAGAUGAUUUUUUUUAAAUGAUGAUGAAAUCAGAUCAGACCUAUUGUCAUGUUUAAUCCCAGUGAGAGUCAAGUUGGGAGUUGAUAAUUUUUUUUUUUUUUUUUUACAGAGGAUCAGUUUAGUAUGCAUUAAGUAAAGAUUUCAACAGUUUGCACCCCCAUAGAAACACAAAGUGAAAUAUAUUGUUUGAGUACUCGUUAUAGCAUUAAAUCUCAAUGCACAGCACAUUAAGGACAGAGAUCCUACAUGAGGAGUAAGUGCACAGUGACUCCUGUUGUUGACUUUACCAAUUUACAAUCCUGUCUAUGGCAUCAGUAAUCUCCCUAUGCUCCAGUCAUGAGUUUCCAAGGCUAUGGAAGCCCUCUGAGUUCUCCGAUUCUUAUCUUGUUCAGACAAGGUCAUAGUCAAAGUGGAGGUUCUCUCCUCCCUUCAGAGAAAGGUACCUCCUUCUUUGAAAACCUGUUCUUUCCACUGGGAUCUCACUCACAGAGAUCUUUUGCCAGAGUGUCUUGGCUUUCCAUGCCUGAAAUACUCUCAUGGGCUUUUCAGCCAGAUCUGAAUGCCUUUAGGGCUGAUUCUGAGGCCAGAGUGCUAUUUAGGACAUCUGCCAUUCUAUGAGUCUGCUGAGUAUCUCACUUCCCAUGUUGGAUCACUCUCCCCUUUAUUUAUUCUAUCGGUUAGUGUUAGCAGGUACUAGACUUGCUUAUGUGCUCCCUUUGACUCUUAGUCCUUUCAUUAUGAUCAAUUGUGAACUGAAAUUGAUCACUUGGAAUAGUGAGAUGGCAUUGGUACAUGCCACCUUGAUGGGAUUAAAUUGGAGUCCCCUGGUAUGUUUCUAACUCUACCAUUUGGGGCAAGUCAGCUUGAGCAUGUCCCAAAUUAUAUAUCUCUUCCCUCUCUUAUUCCUACUCUUAUGUUUAACAGGGAUCACAUUUCAGUUAAAUUUCAACACUUAAGAAUAACUGUGUAUUAAUUACAGAAUUAAACCAGUCAUAUUAAGUAGAACAGACAAAAAAACUACUAAGAGGGAUAAUGUAGCCUCCAUACAUAGUGAGCUAUAACUUAGCUUGAUUUUUGAACAAAUUUUAACCUAACCUAAUACCCCUGUAGCCAAGCAACUGAAUCUCAGCCCAUCAUGGCAACUGAACUUCCAGCCAAUCAGAGGUUGAGGGCUGCCAAAUAUGGCCAUGGCCAACUGCAACCAAUCAGAUGGUUCUUGUUUGUCAUUUCCUUUUCUUUGGCUUAAAUAUACAUCCCACAUGUAUGGAAAUCUCUGACCCUUCAGCCUGGAAUACUGGAUGGUUCUGGAACAUUUUUCUUGCUCAAGAAACUUCGCAAAUGCCAGUCUUCUUGGAGGAGGUGGUGUGGAUGGUUGCAUUCAUAGAGCAGCCGGCCCCUGCUUGCUAGCUGAAUGCCGAACCCUGAAUGGUUGCGAGACCGGACAAGCGAAAAUCACCUGUGGUUAUGACCUCCCUGCAAAGUAUGUCAUCCAUACUGUAGGACCAAUAGCCAGAGGGCAUAUUAAUGGUUCCCACAAGGAAGACCUUGCAAAUUGCUAUAAAUCAUCUCUGAAGCUGGUGAAAGAAAACAACAUCCGAUCAGUUGCAUUUCCCUGCAUCUCAACAGGCAUUUAUGGUUUUCCAAAUGAGCCUGCUGCAGUCAUUGCCCUCAGCACCAUUAAGGAAUGGCUGGCCAAGAAUCACCAUGAGGUGGAUCGGGUCAUCUUCUGUGUCUUCUUGGAAGUUGACUUCAAAAUCUACAAAAAGAAAAUGAGCGAGUUUUUCCCUGUAGAUGACAAUAAUGAAGAAGAAGAUGUUGACAUGAAAGAAGAUUCAGAUGAGAACGGUCCCGAGGAAAAGCAAGGUGCGGAGGAAAUGGAAGAACAGAGCCAAGAAGCAGGUGGGCUCAGAUUUCUUUUGAGGAGUCUCCUAGGCCUCAUCCACAGAGAUGCUGUCAACACCACCACUGUGCCCAGCCCUGCAUCACAGGAAGGAGUUGAAGUCUGCAAAGAACAAGAUUCUGCAAAGGAUGAAAACAUCACAAAAGACAAUGAAAUAACAGAUCAUUCUGUGUGUGACCACGAGCAUCCCAGUGGGCAAGAGAAUGAUUCAACGAAGAAUGAAAUAAAAAUUGAGACAGAAUCCCAGAGCUCGUGUAUGGAAACAGAAGAGCUUUCAUCAAACCAAGAAGAUGCCACAAUUGUGGAGCAACCAGAAGUGAUUCCACUGACAGAUGACCAAGAAGAAAAAGGUGAAAAAGCUCCAGAUGAGGACACACCAAGGGUGGCUGUGAAAAGUGAAACCUCCGGUGACACAGACAAUGUGACAGGUCCUGAGGUUGAAAUGAGUAGUCAGGUUGACAGUGGUAAUGACCCCACAGAGUGUCAGCCAGAAGAUUAACUGACAGGGGCACAAGAGGAAGCAAAGGAACAAUGAAAUGAAACUAAAUGAGUGUGUUCAGCUCUGCAAGGCCUCUCCUGGUUCUGCAGGACUUCAGGAAGACUGGUGGCAUACGCUGAGGAGGAGGGUGGGUGGGGGUGGGGUGGGGAAGGCAAGUCCCAUGAAAGAUUGGGGAAUCCUUUGCUCUAAUUUCUCCAGCUGCAUUUUGUUCUGUUUACCUGCAGAAAAAGAAAGGGGAACAAAACGUUUUCUUUAAUUUAGUGGGAGGCCUCUUGUUAAUGCAUCUUUCAGGCUCUAUCCUUGUCAUUUCUGUGUUUCGCUCACAACUUUGCCUCCACAGUCACGGUGGCGUGGAUUAACACUAGUGUGCGUGUCCUGGCCCCUGUCCGCUCUCUCAGUUAUUUCACAAAGCUGGUUGUACAGUGGUUUCUUCAGAGAAAGAGAAGGAAGACGACUGUUUGAUAAGCUGCGGGCUAACUUUCAGGCAUCAGCAAAUGCAACGUGAGCACAAUCCACAGACAGUGAAGGCUGCGGAAGAAAUGGGCCAAAUCCUCAGAAACCACUUGAAGAGUUCUCUACAAGGGGUUGAAAAUACUUUAAUCAGGGAUUCCCAAGAUCUGGUGUGUUUCAGGCAGUCAGUGAGGAAUACGGGAGCAGGGUCUAAAGCAGAGCAGAAUGCAAGGCACAAUGUGGAGGCGGGCCCUGGCUCUCAGAGAUCCUUCCUCCCUAGCUGGGACAGCAGGUGCACUCUACUUGGACGCUGACUUCGAGUAGAGUUUCCUUGGUUCGUGAGGUCAUCACCACAGUCUUCACGCAGAGCCCCCCAGUGAGAUGUUAAGUCUUCACUCUACAACCGUAGGGGAUGUCACGUGGAUAGGUGCUGUCGUUACCUGCUAAGAAAAGGGGCUGUUGUUGUUAGGACCCAAGCAGAUGCCUAAGAAUAUUAAAAGAUCCACUUGAAUGUCUCUUGAUAUUUAUGCUUUUCAUGGAAGGACAACCCACCUUGACCCAAGGUCUUAGGGUCCACAAGGUUUCUCGUUUGAAAUGAGAGGCAGUCAGAGCUGUAGCCAGCAGUGUUUGCCUUGUGGUCUGCAUUUAACUGGUCUGAUUUGCUCACGCAAAGUCCAAGGCUGACUUAGUGGCUAGCUCCCUCACCCAGAAAACCAAUGAGUGUGUCCUUUAAGGAAAACAGAAGUACUAACAACCCCAGAUGUCACUGGUAUGGUGGGCAAAGAGUUCCUGGGGCCAGAUGUCAUUAUAGAUGUCUGUCCCACAGCCACCCGUGGUAAAGAUGGCUGCUCCCCAGUCUCCUUUGGGUCCCAAGGCCAUCCCUUUGUUUUCCAUGGAAACUGAUCAUCAUUUUGUUGCACAUUGUCUUAAAAUCAUCCAUUAUUUAUAUUAUUUUUAAUGGAGGAAAUUAGCAUAUCAAAUUGGGUAUUUCAAACAUAUAAGUACAUUCUACUUUCUAAAUAUCCUAUAAAAUUCUUCAAGUUUUCCCUUUGCUCUGUGGAAAAUUCACUUUUAUCUUUUAUGAUUGUCAUUUUAGCCUUUCUGAAUUUUUUGCCCCAUUGGAAUGGCUCAUUUUGUAUGUUGGGAUAGCCGCAAGUUAUAAUUCACCACAGGUAGCAUGUUUUAACAUCCCUUAUUUUUUAUUUUUUUUGAGCUGCUCAUCAACAUAGCAGCAGUGAUAUUUAAGUGACCUCAUGAUUCUGGAGUCUGGCCUUUCUCCUUCUCCCCCUCAUCAUUCUACAGUUUGAUAUAGAAGUACAUACAUCCUUGACUGCCAUUAGACAUUACCUCCUAGAAAAGCUAGGAAGAGGCUGAUGUUAAAUAAUCCCUGAAAUAAUGCCAUCCAAAUACUGAUCGCGUCUAUAUUUCAUGCCAUCUUUAUAACUCAGUUGAAAGUUGCCAUCAUUCUUGUGAAGUACUUGACAAGCGCAAUCUGCUAGGAGCUCAUUUUCCUAUGACUCCUAAAUGUUAGUGCCACUCAGCCUCAGUAAUGAGUUACAGUGGAAAACACAGGCAGAUAAGAUGGACAGAGGUUGUCUAAUGGACAAAGAUGAAAGAGACCUAACGUCCCUGCUAGGAACCGCAGGGAUGGGAAUUGUUCCCGCCCUGACCUCCUACUUAUCAUUGACAGCCACUUUAUUCAUUCAUCUUACAUGUGGGUGGCUUAGGAAUGGGAGAAGGGCAUUCUUUGCCUGAAAACUGAAGAGAAAGGAAAGUGAGUUUUGUAUCCAGAAAACUAAGGAUGAGGAAUAAAUAUCAUCAGCCCCAUGCCGGAAUUUAUUUAAACUUCAAUUAGUGAAUACAAUGCAUUUUUCAAUUUUUUUCCUUCUUUAUGCUUUUUGAACUCUAUUUGGCUCUAUGAUUUUAGGCUUUUAAACAAGGAGUAAAAAUUUACAUUUCAAUAGUGAAAAAUUAAAAAUCUAGUUAUUGGCCAGAUUGAAGACACCUGAAGAGAGGAAACUUGUACUCACUGGCACUGUCAUUGCACAGGCCACAUAAUGGAAUAAAUUUGAAAAGCUGAUUGAGUCUCCCCGACAUGAAUUAUGGGUGUAAGUUUCCAACCACACUUCUACCACACUGUGUGGUGGAAAGGGUUACAGGAAGGAGGGAAGAAAAUUGUUCUGCAUUAGUCAUGUUUGCAUACAGAGGAUCGAAGUAGGUCUUCAACAUAAUAGUUCUAAUUAAAAAGGUACUCACUAAAGGAGAGACAAAGGGGCUUUUCCUCUAGCUGGUAACUAUUCAGAUGAUGGACAAGUCUUCUUUCAUAAAAGCUUACAAAGGAGGCAUCUGAAACACUGUCUGUGAUACUGGGUCACAUAUUAAUCACCGUAGCUAAUUGUAAAUCUUUCUAUGAAACGCUGAAAAGCCUCUUUGUGAAUUAAUACAGUUCUGCUUGAUGCACUCGAUUUGAAAAGACAUUUCUCUGUAUGUGGUGCAUGUCAGCUUUGCUUUGAAAAAUAACAAAGUUAGCAGAAUACGUUCAAUAUAUUUUCUUGGGGAAUUGGGUUUUUAUCAUAUGACUCAUGGAGGAUUUGCCUUACCCUGACAUUUGUGAUAUAAAGGAAAACCAGAAAAAAAAAAGUAAUUUUCUUGAUCAAGAUAUGUUUUUACUUAAUACAAAUAAAUGUAGUCUGUUGCUUGCAAGGAAAAAAAGUCUUCUGAUAUCUGGUAUAAACUGCUAAAUAGGAUAAUAUGUGCCUCUUUUGUUGAACCAGCACUUAAAUGCUGGACUGCUUCUAAAUCUGUUUAUUUCUUUUCAUCUGUGCCAUACACUAAGAAACUUAAACAGCUGUUGCCUUCAUACUAUAUUUGUUAGAGCAGAGUACAAAUAAAAUUGUUUGAGAGGAUAAUGUGGAAUUAUUUGUGUUAUGUGAAAUUUAUUCUUUAGCCGCAAGUGAUUAAUAACUUGAAAAGUUCAUAUAAUACUGUUUGGGUUUAACUGUGUAUGUUUAAAAUUGUAAUCAUUGUAAUUAUGUGUGUUUAAAAUUGCCCAUGUAAAUCAACCUUAAAUUAAUAGUGGUUGGUGCUAACACUGAUUAGGGUUCUGGCCAUGUGUGUCAACAUUCAAGCUGUGAAAUAGUUUAAAAAGUAGCAGAAGAUGGUCCAAGUCCUUG